AUGAUCCAUUAUCUCAUGCCUCUGGUCUUCUCUCACCCUUUUCCUGUAUCUUCUCAUCCUCUCCCUCAUCCCUUCCAAUACAACUAUGAUGAUCCAUUAUCUCAUGCCUCUGGUCUUCUAUCACCCUUUUCCUAUGAUCCAUUAUCUCAUGCCUCUGCUUUUCUCUCACCCUUUUCCCUGUAUCUUCUCAUCCUCUCCCUCAUCCCUUCAUCUCUCCCUCAUACAACUAAGAUGAUCCAUUAUCUCAUGCCUCUGGUCUUUUCUCUCACCCUUUUCCUGUAUCUUCUCAUCCUCUCCCUCAUCCCUUCCAAUACAACUAAGAUGAUCCAUUAUCUCAUGCCUCUGCUUUUUCUCUCACCCUUUUCCUUCUGCUUUUCUCUCACCCUUUUCCUGUAUCUUCUCAUCCUCUCCCUCAUCCCUUCCAAUACAACUAAGAUGAUCCAUUAUCUCAUGCCUCUGCUUUUCUCUCACCUUUUCCUGUAUCUUCUCAUUCUCUCCCUCAUCCCUUCCAAUACAACUAAGAUGAUCCAUUAUCUCAUGCCUCUGCUUUUCUCUCACCCUUUUCCUGUAUCUUCUCAUCCUCUCCCUCAUCCCUUCCAAUACAACUAA